AUGGGGUCCGUCAUUGGGAGGGAAAACGCCGAAACUUUGUCCUAUGCAGUCAUCAGGGAGGCACCUAAUUAUGAAAUAAGGCAUUAUGAAGCAACUCCCAUUAUCGAGACAACAUGGGGAGAAGAUUCGCGACAGUCUUUUUAUCGCCUGGCUAAUUAUAUUGGCGUUUUUGACAAGCCAAUGAAUGAAGGAGCAAAGAAAAUUCCUAUGACAACUCCUGUUGAGUGUAUCGUCAAGGGAGACGGAUUCGAGGCUAUGCGUUUCUUCCCCCCCAAGGCAACGGCUGCUGCUGCUUUGCCUCCUCCGUUGUCAAAUGAAGUGCAGUUGAAGAAAACAGAAGAGAGAUUUGUUGCAGCUCGCCGCUUUUCGGGGUCGGUAGAUUUGGACAAAACGAUUACUCAGCCUCCGCUUAGGCAACAGAUUUUGCUGCUUCUGCGGUCGCUGCUGCAAGAUGGGCUGAUUACCUGCAGUAGCAGCGGCAGCGGCGGAGGAGGGGGAGGCGGUCGAGAUGGGAGUAAUUCGCCUUGCAGCACAGAUGACGAUGAGUUAUUUAAGCAAUUGGAACAAGGCAAAAUAAAAGAUACAAGCGAAAAUAAAGAAAUCCAAGUUACUCUUGAGCUGUACAACUCUCCUUUCUGCCUCCCCAUUUUUAGAAGAAAUGAGUUUUGGGUUCAUCUCCCGAGAAACGCUGCACUUAACAAGUAA